AUGAUGUUGUGUGCAAUCUUGCUGACCUUGGCUUCGGGUAUUCAUGCCAUCGAUUACUUUGACAAUUCUAUGGCAAAAAGUAGUUUUUCGUUCAUAAUUCUGUUCUUAUUUCAUCGUUUGUAUUCAAACACAUUUUGCUUUAAGCAUGCCAUCCAGUAGCACUCCCCGUGGAUUUGAUGUUUAUUUUGGACGGAUCCGGUUCUGUAGGUGGUCCAACCUUUGAUCGCCAACUGGAAGUCUUGAACAGAAUCAUCGACGUUGCUGAAAUUGGACCUCAAGAUGUCCAAAUUUCAGUAAUGCAGUACUCUACCUACACCUAUGUCGAGUUCCCCUUUAAACAGUAUACUAAUCGAGAUACGAUUAAAGAAGUGGUUGGCAAACUGAAGCAUCGAAGUGGAACCACAAAAACCGGAAAAGCCUUGGAAAAAGCCCUAACGGUAUUCGCCAGCAAAAGCUCUGGUUCUCGGUUUGGCCAAAAAGGUGUCAAACAGGUACGGUAAUACCUCAAUCAUCAAAAAGUUUAGUUGGCAGUUAUUGUUUGCGAUGGGCAUAGCCACGAUGAUCCUUUAAAGCCUGCGUUGAAGCUCAGAAAUGCCGGAAUUGAAGUAAUAACUCUCGGUGUCGGACCUCACAUCAACAAAGAAGAGCUGGAAUUGAUUACAGGAGAUUCCAACCUGGCAUUUGACAACAUUACAAUCGAUUCUGUAGUUGACCGUUUCCUUAAAACAUUUAAGGAAGCCGCAGUGGGAGAGCAAUGUGAAUUCUUGAGGGGUGAACAAGGAGCAGAGAUCGAUUGUUUCAGCGAUAGCAUCAAGGUCUCCGUUACAAUGGAAAAGGACUUUUAUGGAAAACUUUACGUAGACGGAAAGAGCGAAGAAAGUGGAUGUUACAUUUCGAAUAACUCUACCGACCUGCAACUGAACAUUCCUUUGACAAAUUGCAAUAUUAAACAUCAAUUCACAGUAAGUCUAUUAACUGCUUUUGUAAGACUUAAUCUACUGUGUCACAUUUUAUUUUAGGUCAAUCCAAAAGGGCAUGCAUUUGAAGCGAACCUUAUUUUGCAAUUUCACCCGUUAUAUAGAACAGCUAAGGAUCGAAAGAUAAAGGCGCAUUGUUUCUAUCAGGACAAAAAUGAAUUCCAGAACCUUGAUUGGGACUUGAUCAAAGAACACACUCAGCGGAAGCACGAGUAACUCAUAUUUGUAUAAUCAUACUCCUUUUUAGCACCAGAGAUGAGUCCUUGCCAUGUAAAUAUACGAUAGAAACCAUUGAGCGGAAACAAAAUGAUGUUUGCGUUUCCAACCAAGUUUUGUACCUCGGAGAAAUGGUGCAACAUAAAUUUGAGUGUCUGUCGGGUAUGUUACAGGGAGGAAGAUUACUAACUGUAAUCUGUUUGCAGAAAGAUUCGAUGCCUAUCAAAACAUAUUGGUCCACUCAUGCGAUCUGAUUGACCUAAAGACUAACAAUUCAAGACAACUUGUCGAUCAUAAUGGAUGUUCUACAGAGCCGGCUCUUUUUUCUACUCCAGUGUAUCAAUCCCCAAUGAAAGCUAUUGCUGACGGAGUCGCCUUCAGAUUCCCAGACGCAAGACAGGUUCGAAUCCAAUGCGAAAUUCAAUUUUGUGACAAGUUAAUGACAGAAUGUGACAUGAUCAUUGUAAGUUUGUGAGCCUGGCUACUUAACAAAACCUAUAGCCACCCAAAUGUGAUAAAGCAUCAACUCAUAUAAAACGACAAGCAGGAUUCCGUGCUGCUCUAAGGCCUCUGUCAGUAGCUAAUGACGAUUCUCAGCCUCUGGUCACCUUCAGACAGCAGGAGAAGCAUAGUAUGUUAUCAAGUCUUUUGUAAUCGUGCGUAAUUCAAUCUCUUUUAGAGAAAUUCAACGUUCGAAGGCGCGGAGGGAUCGAGCAAAGCGUUUAUGCUCACGUAAUCACAAAGGAAAGGUGAGGCUUAAAUUACUAUUUCUCACGCAAAAAUUACUCUCUCUGUUCAGCGACACUAGACGUCGUGUGCCGACUCCAGUGGAUGUCAAAGUGCAAACACAGAACUUUAUGCAAAUCGAUGACCCCGUCCUAGCGAAAGAGAUCAGCACACUCAAAGAACUCGCAUCGGAUAAUGUUUUGCCAGUCGCCGACUCGUUCCCUACCACGGAACUUAAACCAGACAAGGUCCUGCACGCUAAACCAGCGGUUUCAAUUGGUAGAAAACCAUUCAUAAUAACUCCAGAGAUGGAAAAAGCAAGAGAAGUCGACUUCGAAAAGAUCCGAGAAGCGCAGAAGGAAGUAAAAAUAGAAUCAAGUGAGGAACUAGAGGUCGACAGAGCCAUCAACGCAUUCAAUAUAGCCUUUGCAAGUCAAAAUAUCUCGCCUGCGUCGGAAAUUCCGGUAGAACCAGUUCCUGCAACCAAAGCUCCAUGCCGCGCUCUAGAUUGUAGCCAUUUGAAUAAGGACAGCCACGACAAGAGCUCCAUUACAGAAGAUCCUUUCCAAGACCAAAUAGUUGAGGGCAGUGGACAAGAAGGACCAACACAGCUUGAUCCCGAACUCCUAUCAGUCCUUUCUCAAGAUCAGAUUCGACUUCAGAGCGAUAUUUUGGACAUUCAGGAAGCGCAAACACUGAAUUGCAAAUUUCGGCAGUAAAAUUGUCGAUGAAUAAUAAUGAUGUAAAUAAAUAUUUAAUUGUCAGUUUGGGUUUUUGACAAGCGAAAUAAGGGCGGCAAAUUUUUACUAAUUGUAAGUUGAACCUACAACUCUCAAAUUACGCAUGCUGAGUGUACUAACAAACAAAAUUUUCGGUAUAAAGGAAGAAAUAAGACCGAUUUUUGGGAUUUUGAUUGAAUUUAGACUUACAAGGGAAGUACCCCAAGUGCGACGCUCAGAUUUUCUUUAAAAUUUUGCACACACGUCGGGAAUAGACUAAAUAUCAAUUCCUGAAAGUUUUAGCUCGCGCUUUGCAGGCGCCGCCGAGAUAUCGGACGAUUUAUGCCGCCGAGAGAGCACGCUAAACGUGGAGAGAGGUCAGAGAGAAAAACGCUUUUUGGCUAUAACUUUGGCAGUUUCGUGCGGAAAAAUUUGAUUUUUUGUACAAACAUUAUCCUUUACGGUAGAAAUAGGCAUGAAACUUUUGGUGCCGAACUUCGGCAAAAAGUCCUAAAUUUUCGCCGACUUUCGAUCUAAAAAUCUCGGUUGUUUCUGCAAAGCGCGAGCUAGGAUUCUCGCAUAUAUCUUAGAAAAAAUUAUUCUAAAUUUGUGCCAAGCUUCAUCAAAAUCUGAGCGUCGCACUUGGGGUACUUCCUCUGUUAAGAUACGUAUACUGUAGUUUAACCGCGAUUUUUUUAGCUCUUUCUGGGACAUCCCAGAAAGUCGGGAGUGGGUCAGAUGCAUUGGUAUCGUCAUUGUAAGCAAUAUAUUUACGACGAUUCUGUCCAUUGCCCGGCUUCAACGUGAUGCGUUGUUGUGCCAUAAAAUGGGGCUGUUAGGCACUAUUGUCAUCAGACUGGUAAUUUUAUAGUGCUGAAUACAUUUUUUGACAAUGUUCCUCCAACCAAAACUGAGAGUUUAUUAAAUUUUAGAGCGGUUCAAAGGGUUAACGGUACUUGCCAAGGAGAAUAUUGAUGCAAAAGAUGGCAUGCAGAAUCAGCGCAGCCUUUGCCAUGUACUUUUCUGUCAGUCUCUCUUCUUUGGCGAAGUGUCAAAAGACGAAUUGCAAAUAUAGAUUCAUACGCUUUGUGGAGAAAAUCAUGAAAAUGUCUGGGCGAGAGGUCGAGUGGAGGUCGACACUUUCUUGUUGGACCUCUGUUUGAUGGUUCGAACUGUUUGAAGUUAUUUAUCCUUUUCGUUUUGUUUUUUAGGACAAGAUGGCUAGGGCGAGAAAGAAGAGCGGAACCGUCGAUAAGAAGGUCCCUAAAAAGGCGGAAAAGGUCCCAACUUCAUCAAAGAACGUUUCAGCGAUGAGCAAUGGAACCGAGAAGUGAGCUAUAGCUUAAGUUUAUUGUAUAUCUCCACUUUUAGGAAAGAUGACAAACUUUCUGAACAAAGACGGGCAGAGAGAGCCGAAAGGGAUGACAUCGUCCUGUUGAAAAGUCCUGUUUUGACUUUGUAUUACGCUUCACGAGAGUUAGUUGCCAAAUUAUUUGAUGUAUUUGUUGGGUAAGUUGUAAAUUUUUUUCAACAACUUGAAAUCUAAUUAUUAUUUCUUAUUCCUAAUUAAACCCACGCAUUUCAGCUUGACAAAUCAUCUGUUAUUACUUUCCUUGUGUGUAGCUUUAUUGGGAUUGAGUGUUUAUGGAUACAUCACUCCUGGACCGCACCAACAACAUAUCCAAGCGUUCGAGAAAGUCUGUUUGUGGUAUCUUUGGUGGAUUGGACUGGGGAUUUUGUCUUCAGUGGGGUUGGGAACGGGACUGCAUACCUUUUUGAUUUAUCUCGGUCCUCACAUCGCUAAGGUGACAUUGGCAGCUUAUGAAUGCAAUUCUUUGGACUUCCCCGAGCCUCCGUAUCCACUGGAGUGUGUUGUUUUGUUUUUUUCGUCAGCAUUUAUUCCUUUGAUAGUAGUUGGUGUCUUUUUCUUUUAGGGUCACUUGUCCCACGGAUGGAUCUCAAAGUUCUUUCCCAAUAACUUUAUGGUCUAUCGUUAACAAGGUACGGUGGGAAGCCCUGUUCUGGGGAAUGGGAACUGCUAUCGGUGAGCUUCCACCUUAUUUUAUGGCUAGAGCAGCAAGACAGAGUGGACAAGUUCCCGAGGAUGAAGAAAUUGCUGAAUUUGUUGCUUUCAAGGAAGAAACCAAAAAGAAGAAUGUGGAAUUAGUAAGGAAGAACUUGAAUAAUAUUCAUAUUUAGUCUCUAUUCGACCGCUCGAAACUUUGGACUGAGAAAUUGGUGACCAGGGUUGGCUUCUUUGGGAUUCUAAUAUUCGCGUCCAUCCCAAAUCCUUUGUUUGAUCUAGCCGGUAUAAUCUGCGGACAUUCAUUGAUCCCUUUUUGGACUUUCUUUGGUGCCACUUUGAUAGGAAAAGCAGUGGUUAAAAUGCAUGUGCAGGUAAUACAGGGUGUUUCAUGAAAUAUUCGAAAAGGUUUUUGCGAAUAUCUAGUGCUUUUUGCGGCUAUCCAAGAAGUUAAAAUUGUUUGUAAAAGGUCGAAGUCGAGCGUUGUUAGAAUAUAAGAGGGAAAAAAUAAGACCGAUUUUGGGACUUCGAAAAAAGACGCUAAAUUCGCUAGAGCAAACGGCUAGCGAGAAAAAACGGCUAGGGCUUCGCUUUAGGUUAUCUUAUGAUGGCUUCUCCGGAGUAAGGUGAGUCAAUCGGGCCUAAAAAUGUAUCAUUCUUGAUGAAAGGUAUUUUGCAGUCCUUCUUUCCCACUCUGAAAGACCUCCGCCGAAUCCUACGCAGCCUUUAAACAUAAGAAAAAAAAGAUCAAAAGAGGAUAAACGAUAAUGUGAAGUGAUUAGCAAAAAAGUCCUCAGCUCCUUUCUAGUCCGAUUCGCAAGAGCCAAGCCCCCAAACGGGCUCUCACGUUAAUCCAACGCAUUUCCUUGACUGUUUAGGCAUGCCGUCCGCACACUAUCGACUGACGAAAAGAUUUUAGAUGUCAAGGUUCUUUUGGAAGAAUUUUUUGUGGGCGGAAGUGGUCUCAAAAAUUAAACCAUUCGUUUCUGAAAGAGAACAAGCUUUUGUCCCGGCUAGCCAAGGUAAAAAAAUCUUCCUCCUGGAUUUCUAUGUGCGACGAGAGCAUCAUCGAUUAAAUCGUGGUCAGGAAAUAGCUUCAAUAAGCUGGAUUGAGGUGCCUCUGCCGGUAAAAAAGUUUCCACCGAGCCUUCACCAAUAUGUGAAACACCCAGCAAGCUACCGAGAAUAACAGAUUACAUCCUAAAAGAUGUGGCAAACCGAAUUUCAUUUUUGUAGUGAAGAAAUACGGGCUUUGUAACGAGUUGUAAUUUUCAAAAAAAAAUACGUCAAAUGCACCGCCGAAAAAAAUCUCCGCCGGCACGAGAAAAAAUUCUUUUGCAUAUAAGGUGCGGUCUAAAAUGUUUCGUCUACUUGACUAGCAAAAAUACCGAUUUCUUGGCAGAAGAAAUGGGUCUAGCUGAAAAGAGCACAGUCAUAUUCACAAAAACUUAUUUGAAUAUUUCUUGAAACUGUAUUGCAGCUUUUUGUUAUAAUAUUCUUUAGAUGUUGUUUGUCAUCAUCACAUUCAGUGAGCAUCAUGUUGAUGAUCUCGUUGCUUUGAUGAAGAAGAUCCCGAAGUAUGGGCCAAUCCUCCAAGCGCCAUUCAAAGAGUUUUUACAAGAACAAAAACGUAAAUUGCACAGAAAUCCUGGUGAUCCCGUUGAAGAACAAGUAAGUUUGGCUUUUUCUUUAUCUGUGGACGUUAAUUCACACGUUUACCUUAUAUGUCAUCGUUUUUCAGAGUCAUUCCAUGAUUCAAUCAGCGAUCACAGCUUUGGUUUCCUUGAUGAUCUUAACCUUCCUUAUCUCCAUAGUCAAUUCACUUGCUCAGUCCUUCCACAAACGGCUCUUCGAUCGCAAACGGGGAGUGAAAGCGGAAUAA